AUGAAGAAGACACUGCAAAUAGUAACACUACGACAGGGUUGCUAUAAAUUGUAUGAACUCCCCAUUAUACUAAUAGCCACUUAUCGUUUGGAGCCCUACUAUGAUGGCACAUUGGUAGCAGUUUGUUUUACUUCGGCGGAAAAAUUUUGGAGUGCAUUUUACUUUGUAGCCAGCAUAACAUUGUUCUUUUUCAUACCAUUCGUUAUAUUGGUGGUGCUAUAUACCGCAAUUGCUUAUAAAUUGUUAAGAAGACAUUCGGAAUUUCAACGUCCCACCUCGCCCAACAUAAAUGAGGCGGUAACAACGGCCGCCAUGGAAGUGGUAACAGAAACCAAUAGUUCCAUUGUGCCCUCGAAAGAAAUUAUAGUUAAAUUGUCGGCCGCUCGUAGAAAUCGUGUCAUUAGUCAUCCCCAAAAUACUAGUUUGCGUAAACACCGCAAACAGGUAAUAUUUAUGCUGGUGGCUGUGGUAUCGAGUUUUUUUGUUUGUCUACUACCAUUUCGUGCUUUUACCAUUUGGAUUAUUGCCAGUUCCAAUGAUGAUGUGGCCUCAUUGGGUAUAGAGGGCUACUACAAUGUUUUGUUUUUCUGUCGCAUUAUGUUGUAUCUCAACUCGGCCCUUAAUCCCAUACUCUAUAAUCUAAUGUCUUCGAAAUUUCGCAGCGGUUUUUGGCGUCUCAUUGUUUCCUGUUGUCGUCAUCAUAAGCACAAACGAAAUCUUUGUACACGCCAUCACAUCACCACCUACACCAAACGUGAAGCAAAUAUUAUAAAAAAUAGCAAUAGUCUAAGAUCUCGAAGACCCCUUAACAGGGAAGCUACAUUUUUUGUUAAUUCUAUAUCUACUUCGUCGGGUACCGAGCGCACUUCGAAUACCUGGCGUAGUGGUAGUGUUUCAACUUCGGUUACCGGCAUCUCAAAGCCACCCGAGUCACAUUCUUUGGCAGCGGCUAUAACCGAUAUGAGUACCGCUGCUUUAACAACUAUGUACUUUAAUUAA